CGAGUGUGCAUACUUCUUCUAUGGCGUUAAAAGUCAUUUAGUAUGUUUUUGUAGUGGUCUAGUGAGUUGUGGGCGUGGAUGUAGGAAAAUGUGUUUAUAAAAUUUUGGAGUUUGGAAAUGAAUUGUGAAUUUAUUUACUCAGGGCGUGAACAGUGAUGUUGUAAUUAUUACUAUACCAGAAAAUACGCACGUUUUAAGUACGUAAAACAAGUUUUAAUCGGCGGACUUUAGAUUGAAGUGAAACUUGUUUGUAUGAUUUAUACGUUUUUACAGAAGAUGAAGUUUUCAAGCCAUCUAAAAAGACGUGCAACAUUGAAAUGUUAUUAACUUUGUAUUAUAUGUUUGACGAAAGUCAACAAAUAAUAUUGGAUUUUGGACGACUCUUACAGCCAUGAACAAUUGUGGCUAUUGAAAACUAAACCUGUGAUUAGUGACGGCUUCUGAUGCAGUUUUCUGUACGAGUCCAGGAUAACCCCUACUCUCUUCUUUGCUAAUAAUGAAAGCAAUAAUGGAGUUACCAGAGAUGAAACAUGGAUGUUGCAGCCUGUACUUAUUUAUGAAGAAAAUGCUGUGCAUCUAGAUGAUAAACAACUGUCACCAUAUUGAAUUACGUUACACUUUAGCAUACAUGAGGUUGGAAGCAAUUGGCCAUCUUGUAUAUACUGUGGAAUGACGUUCAGAUGAAAAUUGCUAUGUCCAACAACAAUCAGUUGGUGGAUUCAUGUUUAAGAGUUCUCCAGGAAAAAGCUGCAGAUAUGCCUAAAUAUAUUGGGCAGCCAGAAUUGCAGCAGACAAGUUCCUAUUCAGUUGAUGUAUCCUAUCACCCUACUAAUGGACAAUCUGAAAACCACUCUCCCAACUCUUCUCGUCUGUCAAUGCACAGUGGAGAAGCAGCUGGUCUUAUUCCACGGUCACAGAAGCAGCAAACCACACAGCAGGUGACGACACUGACGAAAGUUGUUCAUGAAGUUCACCAUGUGGGUCCUGAUGGACAGUCAGUCGACUAUGUUGGUGUCCCGUACACCGGAGUGCUUCCAACAUCUACAGCCGCUGCAAACUAUCCACAAACACAAUUUCCCAACUAUGAGUUAAUGCCUGGUCAGGAACCUUAUCCUUCUAUAGACCCAGCUUUUCGGUACCAAGAGGCAUAUCGUGCAGGCUAUCAAGACUACGAACAGUAUCCGUAUACAAAUCCUUCGUACACUGGGACUUUCCCAGUGUACGGAGACACUGUCAACUAUGUAGAUCAGCCAAACUAUGCUGGAAGACCUGCAACUCCUCCUAGUCCUAGUGAACGUAGUGAUUCUCCACCACUACAAUCCGCUUUGCAACAUGAUUACCUGAGAAAGGGUGGCACAUUUCCUCAGCCAGGGUAUGAAGAGCUGGAUCAGUCCCUGAUACCACCUCACCAGGAUCACUAUAGAAUAACACCAUCACCAGGUGGACCUGGAGAUCGUUAUGUUGAUGAGAAGCUGGUUUACGGCUAUGCACCACCCUCUCCGUAUAGUGCUGCGGUGCCAGCUGCUUACGGGGGAGGGGUUCCCGAUCCAAGAACAUACGAUGAAAACUGUCCGUCUCCUAGAGCAAUAUUUGAAGAUGGAGAGGAGUUGCGGAAGCAUCUCGCAAUGCAUCCCUCUAUUCCCUCUCCAUCUGUCGAUGAAGAGCAAAGAGGAAUGCGGUGGCGUGAUCCUAACCUCACAGAAGUAAUUGGAUUCCUAAAUAACCCAAACAAUGUUAUAAAGGCCAAUGCAGCAGCAUAUUUGCAGCACUUGUGUUACAUGGAUGAUCCAAACAAACAGAAAACAAGGUCCCUUGGUGGAAUUCCACCCCUAGUCUCGCUUCUCAGUCAUGAAACUCCUGAUGUGUAUCGAAAUGCUUGUGGGGCAUUAAGAAAUCUGUCUUACGGGAGACAAAAUGAUGAAAAUAAGAGAGCCAUCAAAAAUGCUGGAGGGAUCCCAUCGUUGAUAAGUCUGUUACGAAAGUCAGCAGAUGCAGAAGUUAAAGAACUUGUUACAGGAGUACUUUGGAACCUGUCAUCUUGUGAGGACUUGAAGAGGUCCAUUAUAGAUGAUGGUUUACAAGUCAUUGUAAACAAUAUAAUAAUUCCACAUUCAGGCUGGGAUCCUAACUCUGCUGGGGAAACAUGUUGGACGACAAUAUUUCGAAAUGCAUCGGGUGUUUUGCGGAAUGUCAGUUCUGCUGGAGAAUAUGCAAGAAAAAAGCUUAGGGAGUGUGAAGGUUUGGUGGACUCACUGUUGUAUGUGGUAAGAUCUGCCAUUGACAAAUCCAAUAUCGGCAACAAGAGUGUGGAAAACUGUGUGUGUGUGCUGAGAAAUUUAUCAUAUAGGUGUCAAGAGGUUGAAGACCCUAACUAUGACAAACAUCCACUACCUACUCAGAGCAGAAUGGCAGCACAACCAAAAGGAGACAAUUUAGGCUGUUUUGGGGCCAGUAAGAAGAAGAAAGAGUGUCAACAUCCUGUUCAGCCUAAAGAAGUUUCAAAUACUUCCCGAAGUAUAAGUAACAGAACAGAACCCAUCAAGGGCAUGGAAUUGCUGUGGCAACCUGAGGUGGUUCAGUCUUACUUACAGUUGUUGCAAAGCUGUUCAAACCCAGAAACGCUAGAAGCUGCGGCAGGAGCUCUGCAGAAUCUGGCAGCUUGUUAUUGGCAGCCGAGUAUAGAAAUCCGCGCAGCUGUUCGAAAGGAAAAGGGCCUUCCAAUUUUGGUGGAAUUAUUGAGGAUGGAAGUGGAUCGUGUAGUAUGUGCUGUUGCAACUGCAUUGAGGAACUUGGCUAUUGAUCAACGCAACAAAGAGUUGAUUGGUAAAUAUGCUAUGAGAGAUUUGGUACAGAAAUUACCAUCUGGUAAUCCCCAGCAUGACCAAGGAACAUCUGAUGACACUAUUGCUGCUGUGUUAGCAACAUUAAAUGAAGUUAUUAAAAAGAAUGCAGAAUUUUCAAGGUCUUUACUUGAAGCUGGCGGUGUUGAACGGUUAAUGAACAUAACGAGACAGCGGCAAAGGUACACACCUAGAGUGCUCAAGUUUGCCGGUCAAGUGCUGUAUACAAUGUGGCAACACCAAGAACUGAGAGAAGUUUAUAAGAAACAUGGUUGGAAAGAACAAGAUUUUGUUACAAAAACCGUAGCAGCACGGAAUGCUGGCCUUAACUCUCCCAACAAUGUCAAUAACACAUUGAAUCGUCCAAUGGCUAGUCAAGGAGGCACUCGAUAUGAAGACAGGACAAUGCAGCGCCCUGCAAAUGCAAACAGUGCGUCAAGGACCCCUGGCCAACCAGUCUUUCAGCAUGGAGAUGAGAUUCCAAUGGCAGAUAUGUCGUACACUGAUGGAAGCACGCAUGGUCCUGCAUCAGGAUGUGUGCGCAACUACCCUCCUACCUCUCUAGCCAAACCAGGAGAACCGCUAUAUGCACAAGUGAACCGUGAAAAGAAAAAGAACCGACAGUAUGAAGCAGGGGGUCAAUAUGACGAACAUAUCCUACCUGGUCCUGGAGACAUCUGGGGCUAUGAAGAGCCUAGCAAAGGUGUGGUUGAUGGUCUUGGAACAGCACCACAGGGGGGUGAUUCUUGGGUGUGAAAUCAUUCUUAGUAAAUGGAUGCUCAUUAAUUUGAACAAACUUUACUUUUUUUUCUAUGUUCGGUAGAGUAAAAAACUAAGACUGAUGAUUCUGAAGAACUGUACAAACAAGGAGUGUGUGAAGUGAGUGUUUUACAAUGAACCAUGUGUGUAUCGUGGAUAUUACACUGUGUAUUUAGUGUUAUGUGCUGCGUUGGGUGAAAUUACCCACAGCAAACACUGUGAUUGUGCCAUCCAAAGACGAUUAAGUUCUCCAAACUCUUAACUUCUGUGCUAAUCACUACAAUGACUUAUUUGGUGUUGGUAUUAUUAUAAACAUUCCAUCUAUGUAUUGGUUAAAUCAUUUCAUGUCAGAUUGACACUAUUGUUCACAUCUCAGCCUCAUUCAGUUAAAUAUUUGUGUGCAAGUGGUCUCUUUGAAUAAACAUUUUUACAAAAUUUAACACAUUACUUCGAAGUAAUCCUUAAUUGAGAGUUAUCUCACAUACAAAGGCAACUCUCCAUGUAGUCACAAUGGUAAUGACAUAUCAUUGUAUGUACACACAACUUGUAGUUAACUCAGAUUAUUAUUUUCAGUUUUUAGCCCUUUAGUUAUGGUAUCUACAAAUUCUGUUUGUCAUGAAAAUCCUCUGUUGCCACUGUUGUUUGCCUUUUUCUGGGGUGCUCGCCUCGUGCCGUCUCAGUGUCUUAGUUCACUGUCUUUUGCCCUGUCCUGUAUAAGCAUUUUGCAUGCAUGGUCUCUGCAUUUGCCAUACUGCCUCGUGUUUCAUCGUGCUGGAUUGCAGCUUUAUCAUACUACGUGCAUGCAUACUGAGAAAUUAUUGGCAUUGUUUGUCUUAUGCUUUCAUGUUUUACUUUUGGUAAGUUAACUAACGUUAGAAUCUCACCAAUAUUUGUACACUGGCCAAGCAACCACAAACUCAAAACAAGCAAGAUCUGUUUUUUUUCUAUAGAUAAGUUGCUGACAUGUAGUUAAGUCCUGAAUUAUUAUCACGUCAUUGCGAAUUUCUAUGAAGUCUUGUAAACUCUUGAUUUUUCCUUUAAUGGGGGUAUAAGCAUCUAGACAAGUUUGCAUUGUUCACUAUCAUAUUUUUCAUCAGAUCUUUAACAUGAUUUCCAGGUCAAGUGAAAAGCACUCUGAAUCUGUGUUUUGAAAUAUUAUUGAAAGUUAAUCUCCAUUAUGUGGUCAGAGAGAAGUAAUGAUGAAAGGUUGAAGCUUGAAUACAAAAUACAACAAAAAAUUUUAUCACCAAUGUUUGAUUCAUAAGGUUCUAUAUUCAUUUUAAUGUUUUGUUGGGUCAUCAGUAUGUGUUAUUACACAUGAAUAAUUUGUAAAUAGACUUUCAUUAAUAAAAUACAUGGUAUCUUUACAGUAAAAGUACUUAAUUAGACAUAAUGAAAUCCAUAUGCAUGCAGCAUUGACAAGGUUUUGUUGGGAACUCUAAGCCACCUAAGGCUAGUAAAAAUUUGUGAUUAUAAAAUGAACCAUAAUAUUGUAGGUUAGCUUUUAAAUAGAACCAGAUGGUGAAAUGAAAACAUUGGAAACAUUUAGGAAAAUAAUUAUGCUUAAAAUAUAGUACUCAAUGCAUCCUAUAUACCAUGAAAAUCAUGUGUUGUAAUUGUGAAUUAAAAAAUUUAGUACUGUUGCAUGUACUAUAUAAAGGUGGUUCCUUGCAAUUUUUUUAACUGGAGGUCUACAGACAUUAAAAUGUUGUCUAAAUAACUUGUGCCACAGCUUAAAGCAUGUUUCAGUUUUUUUAAUAAUCAUUUCAAUCAUCAAAUAGAUUAUAUUUUGAAUUGGAAUGAUUGUGAAAUAUUUCAUUGUCAGUAGAAAGUUUAAUGUAUGUAGAAAUUUUCACCAGAAACUAGUUUGGAGGCAAACCCAUAUGGAUUAAAUGUAUCAUUUGGCAUUUAAUUUCAGUUUUUAUAUAUUUUUCAUGAAUAGUAUGUUGAGAAAUUUUUUUUUCUCGAUAAAUUAAACAAGUUUACAGAAAUGCUGGAAAAGUGUAUUCAACACUCUUUGGGAAGGUGUAUGGUAUAAAAAUGCUGAUUUUCAGUUUAAUGAUUAAAAGUAUUGUUUAGCGUACAUCCAUAAUUUCAUUGCAACAAACUUUAAAAGAACACAUUGCCAUUCAGUCAGUUUGAUUCUGGUUAUAUCUAUAAGUAAUUAAUUAAAUACUCAUGUAAAAGUUUACUGCCAAUAUCAUCUUCACCACCAUUGAAUACCAUUUUUUCACAACAUUUGAUUAAAAAUGCCUCUGAAUCAUACAGUUAGUUAAGUGUGUAAUUUAGUGUUUAUGCGGCUUCUAACAAUUUUAAUUUCAUGAUGCAGUUGUAGUUGCCCACUUGUUAUAUGUGCCUCUUCCUCUGACAUGAAUGCAUAGUGUUUACUGUACAGAAUUAUAAAAAUUAAUAAACCUUUUUUUAUUGCUGUGAAUGAUUGUAAGGUUGUUGUAUAUAAUUAAAAAAUUUAUUUUGAUGUAAGUUGUGAUCAAAGUGUCUCGUUCCCUGUCAGAUUUAUGGAGGCCAACUUUGAAAACAGAUUGAUCUGGUCAUUAAAAAUGUUAACAUUUCAAAGACAAUCCUGCUCAUGUGAUGAAACAAGGGAUUGUUCAAGCCUGCUCAGGUUAUUAUUUAAAGUUUUUAAAUAUUUUUAUUUUUCAGUGCCAUCGUCAUAUUUUAUCUACUAUUCUUUUGUAUUGGUGCCUUUUUUAUGUAUGCUUGCUCUAUGAAGCUAUCAACUUGAUGUAAUUGAAGGAUUACACUUGUGGACAGCGCAUCAUUGCAAACUUAUUAUACAAACCACUCAAAUUGCUUUUCUUAACACAGCUUUGAGUUAAAGCUUUUUCGACUUUUUUCCAGCUGCAAAUUCCACCAACAUUACAUAUCUUAAUGUAAUUAAAUGAGACAAACUGGGGAUAAGAUUAUUUUUGUUGGGAAUUAGUGGUUAUCAUUUAUUUUAAUGCAUCAUAAUUAAUUGUCAGCAUAAUUGUUUGAUAAAAAAAAACACCAACCUAUAAUGAAGUGUGUGCUAGCCUUAAUAAAAUGGCAAAAUUACUUACCUGCAAAUACAUGUUGGAAAAUAUUCAGUAAUUUACAUUGUAUAUGUUUAAGUAUAUUAUGUGUUUGUAUAAAAUAAUUUUAAUAAACUAAAAAGUCUUAUGUUUUAUAAUUUGGAUAACUUAUCCAUUUGGAUAAAAAUAAGUUUUUCAGGCUGGAAAAAAAGUGUAUUCGUAUAGUUCAAAAUAUAUGUAUUAUUCAUUUUGUAACAACUUACAGAAUUUUAUUUAAGAUAUUUAUGUUUGUCAGCAUUUUGCAUAUGCUUUAUCUUAUCUCAGAAAAUUUUUAUUUCAGUGGCAUUUUCAGUUUUAUUCACAUGCAAAAUCCUAAAAUAUAAAAUUAGUUUUGUGAAAAAGUAAUUAUAUAUAAAAGUGCUUUGUUCCGAUAUGUUUUGAGUGUGAUAUAUGGAAAUUUGACAUGGAAUGACCAUAUUGUACUUCAUUAUGUUCAGAGCCAAAAGCAAAUAUGUCUAAUGUUUAACUUUAUUGGUUACUGUUUUAAUCAUGUUCAAAUGACUGACUUUAUAUUUCCACUGAAGGUGCUUAUUUACUCUGUUUUCAUUAGGUGUAAAUAAAAUUGGUUCAAAUUUAAUAUCUUAUAAUUAUCAAUGUAAAAGAUAUUACUUGUGUUUUAAGAUUUUUUUGAUGUAUCUUACCUGUUAGUAACAGAUUAAGUCUGUCUUCUUGAUAAACACUCAGGUACUUGAUUCAUAUCAUACUGCUUGUACAAGAAAGUGAAUCACAUUAUUUUUGCAUGCUCACUGUUUUUCACCAACUAUAACAGGCUUAUAAAGGACAAAAUUAUCUUGUUCACUGACAGAUAAUUCAUUUCAUUGUUUGUUAGAUGUUAACAGUUUAUAUUUUAAAUAUGAAAAAAGUUACGUUAGAUUGCUGUGGAUUCAUAGAACGUAUGUAAAUAUUAUUGUAAGAAAUAGACAUGAGGAUGUUCGACCUGCUUGGACUGUGUGUAUUAUUAAGGCUAGGUGAUUAAAACUGUGUAAUCAACUGUUUAUGAUUCAUGUUCACCAUUUAAAAUUUUUAAGUACCCGUAUGUGUAUCGAGAUACAGACUUAAACUUUAAGUGUAGCUGCUUUUUCUUUCUGUGUUAUUUAUAAUAUUAUUGAUAAUAUAGCGAUGUUUACCCAUAAAGUCACUUGUGCAGGAAAAAAAUUUAUUCCAUUUCAGAUUUUGAAAUAGAAAAAUUCCAGUGCAACUAAAAUUACUGGAGAGUUAUGUGAAUUUGAAUGGUUGUUCGUAUAAUCAGGCAGCUGUGCCAUUUUUGUAUUCACUGUUUAUUUAUUUUAUCAAAUUGAAAUUGUGAAGUAAUUGUUUUAGUUAUCUUAUUUCUUCACAUGAUAGAAAGCAGCAUGAAAUUUAUUUUAGUUGAAUUUUAAGUAUGUGUAUAUAUAUAUAGUGUGGUGAGAAUAAAGAAUAAGUAUUUGCAUGGUCUCUUAAAUACCUACACAUACAAUGUUUUGUUACUGUGGUGACCAGUGUUUAUAAUAAAGUUGUCAAUAAUGUUGAGUAGUAUAUAUUAAGAUGUUGGGAUUGUGCCAGAUGUUUGGUACCCUAUGUUUUCAUAAACACAGUUAAUUUAGAGAUCUAUUAAACACUGUCUUAAAUGUUCAAACUGGUCACACUUAUGUCUUAUGCUUUAUAAUUUAUAAGAGGGUUUUAAAUAAACAUUAGAAUGCCUAAACAAAUUUUCCAUAAGAAUGUUGAGUUUUUUUUAAUAUGAUGUGUACUUUGAUUGUUUAUCACAUGAUAAUAAAUAUGUUCAGUACAUGCAAUGGUGUCCAAAUAAUGUUUGUUUAAGAUGGUAUGACUGUUUUUAUAUUUGUUUUUAUUUAUUUUGCUAUUAAUUUUGUUUUGGAAUGUGAUUCAUCAACUACAUAUUGAUAGUAAUUAAAAUUAUUUGGUAUUCA